UUCACUCAUGUCCUCUAGAUGGCAGUAAAGCAGAGACUAAUUAAUAAACAUCAUCCGUUUGUUUGGACGAAACGCUCGUCGAUACAGAGAAGCUAGCUAACAUGUCGGAAUACAACGCAGUUCAAAAAAGCUCUUUAAAACUGAAAGGAGUCUCUGUAGCAAGUAAAAAGAAAAAGAAAAAGGACAAGGAAAGGAAGCGUUUAGAGGAGCAGGCUUUGGCCAGUCAAAACGAAGAAGGAACGAAGAAAGUUUAUGUUGAUAAAAGGACACCAGCACAGAUUGCGUUCGACAAAAUACAAGAGAAACGGCAAAUGGAAAGAAUUUUAAAGAAGGCCUCCAAAACACACAAAAGAAGAGUUGAGGAUUUCAACAGACACCUGGACGCACUGACAGAGCAUUACGACAUUCCCAAAGUCAGCUGGACGAAAUAAAUAUCUAUGGAUUUUCGACUGGGUGAAUUCAGAGCAAAAUCAUCUGCUCUGAUGUUACCAUACAUGCUGAUUGCUUACUCUUCAACAAAGUCCAGGGUUAAUUUUUUUUUGCUCCGUUUUCAUUUUCCAUUUGAGAAGUACUGAAAUGAUUCAUUGUAUAUUUCGAUUUACAAAUUGUAAAGAUAUUCCUUAAGGUCAUUUGCCUGUUAUUGAUCAUUAUGUUUUGCAGCUUUUGAUUAAACUAUUUAAGCUUUU